AUGAUAAACGCUGUCUUAGUCUUCAACAACUCAGGCCAACCACGCCUUACGAAGUUCUAUACACAGCUGGAUACCAGCGUGCAGCAGCGUCUCAUCUCCGAGAUCUUCACCCUUGUUGCCAAUCGCUCGUCCUCAGCUUGCAACUUCCUACCGUGUGUCUCUACCCCGAGUCCUACAUUCCCCAAGACUUCCUGGCAAGUGGUUGAAUCUUUACUGAACUCGACGCCUUCUAGACUUCCCCCAUUAUUAGCUACAACCCCAUCGGCCGCCGCAACCCCAACCCAACCCCACAAUGACACCCCCUCCCUCAUAACGUACCGCCACUACGCAACCCUCUACUUCAUCCUGAUCUCCACGUCUACGGAAUCUCCCCUCGCCCUCCUCGACCUCAUCCAAGUCUUUGUCGAAGCCCUCGACCGCCUUUUCGAAAAUGUAUGUGAACUGGAUCUGAUCUUCAACUUUGAGGCGUUGCAUGCUACGCUCGGGGAGAUGAUCGUCGGGGGAGUCGUUGUGGAGACGGGGUUGGAUAAGGUUGUGAGGGGCGUUAGGGAGCAGGGGAAGGUGAAGAAGAGGAGGGAGGUUGGGUUGGGAGGAGGGGAUGGGUUGGGGGUUGUUGGAGGUCUGGGGAUGGGGAGGGGAUGGCGGUGA